UCAUGACAACUACUCGCUUUAGACAAACAAAUGAAGAUUAUCGCAACGCUUUCUCCUAUUUUGAUGUGAAUAAAGAUGGCCACAUUACUGCCCAUGAAUUGGAAACGGCAAUGAAUAAAUGUGGAGUUUACCCAACAAAAUUGGAAUUACGGAUUAUUAUGAAUCAGAUGGAUAAAGAUAAGAAUGGACUAAUAACUUUUGAUGAAUUUGCUUCAAUGAUGCGUAUACAAGAAAAAGCACAAAUUUCUCAUAGAAUACAAUGCCAAAAACGAAUAAUUAAUUUGUCGAAUGAACAACCAGAAAUACGGCAAGAAUUACUUGCUCAAUUUCGUCUUUUCGAUAAAGACAAUGAUGGGUUUAUUUUACCCGAGGAAAUGAAGAAAUUGAUAAGUGAACUUCGAUUGGGAAAGAACUUCCCGGAAAGUGUUGUUGAUCAGUUAUUUUUGGAGGCAGACGCAGAUGGUGAUGGAAAGAUAAGCUUUGAAGAAUUCGUCAUGGCAGUCGUUUGAAGAGGAAAAAACGAAAUAUAUGUAUAAGUAAAGAUACUCAUCAAAUUAUUAAUUUCUAUUAAUAUUAGGACAGCACUUCUUUUUAUCCA